AUGAGAAUCAUGAGGUCCUUUGCUCUUAAUCCCGCUGCUGUGGCUUACUCCAUGACAACGCUGGGGUCUGCCAUGAUGAACAGCAUGUUUAGUUUCUACUACGUAAAGCUUUUCUUGAACAGGUACAAAAUAUCAGAGACAGCCUUUCACCAGUCACAGGUUGUGUAUAUGAUCUGGAACGCGCUGAACGACCCGUUGUUCGGGUAUCUUCAGGACAACUCGGGCCUGCAGUGCUGCUCGCGCCGGAGGCUCUCGAUCCUGUACGGGGCGCCACUGUAUGCCCUGUCGUUCCUGCUGGCCUGGUUCCCCUGGAGGGAGUACGAGGAGCACGACUGGCUGAGCGGCGUCCACCUCACCGUGACCCUGUGCGCAUUCGACGGCCUGCUCACGUUCGUGCUGCUGGCCCAGUGCGCGCUCUUCGCGGAGAUCUCAGGACACCACCAGAACCGCCUGAGGCUGAUCAAAUACAGCCAGGUGGCGUCUCUGCUGGGCUCAUCCAGCGUGCUGUUCAGCGGCCUCGUGUCCGAGAACAUGGAGCGCUUCGCUGUCUUCCAGGGCUUCAGCGUGUUCGUGGCCGUGCUGGCCUGCGCUUGCAUGCUCUACACGGGCUUUCACAGCCAGAGUCGCUUCGACUGUAAAACCCCCGAGGGAAAGGAAAGCUCUCCUUCGCUGUCGGUAUCUUCUGUGCUGUCCAUGACCUGGCAGAUCCUCACCAACAGGGACUUCCAGCUGUUUGUGAUCAUGAACUUUUUCCAGGUGUUCUUGCUGGCUUUUUACAGUAACUUCACCCUGAUUUUUGCCGAGCAUCUCAUUCCUCAGGACGUCCUGCCACCGCUUGCCAAGAGCAUCAUGUAUGGAGCGGGAUUCAUCUGUCCUCAGGUGCUGGUGUUGUGCAGCCAGGACCUCCUCCAGAAGCUGGGCUACUACAGACUGAUCCUGAUCAGCUUCUACGUGGAGGCCGGAUCGGCCGUGCUCAUGCUAAUGCUGGGUCCGCACAGCUACUAUUUCCUCGCAUUGUUCCUCACUUCCAGCAUGGUCCUGGUUCAGGCGUCCUUCAGUCUCUUCAAUCUGCCGCUGGCGGACAUCAUCGACUCGGACCUGCAGAAACACAAGCGCAGCUCUCCUCUCUCGUCGAUGGUUUUCGGGACCAACGCUCUGUUCACAAAGCCGGCUCAGUCUCUGGCCCCGAUGAUGGCCGUGUCUAUCCUGAACCAGUACGGCUAUGCGGACAUGCAUGAGGUGUCCAAGGCCGUGGAUCCAAGUGCUCUCCAGUCCCUGCACAGCAUGAUGUUUUACCUGGUGUGUGUGGUGCCGCUGUGUGUCACGGGCCUGCAGGUGCUGGCCUGGAGACCCUUCUCCAUACGGGACAGCCACACACUCGACCCGAAGUACAUCGAUGGCUGAACUCGCGAGUGCUGGAGUGAUUUCAUGUGUCACGGGUGCUUUAUAUUCUCACUGAGAAGGGGGAUUUGUAGAUGAAUCAGGGGUCUCUUAUUACAGUCGGUUUCUUUAGAGGUGUGGAUAUGCUCAGAUUACGUCACACAAAUGCAAAAAAAACUGAUAAACUCAGUGUAAAAUGUAGCAAACUGUACAAUGUGAUCAUAUGACAUAAAGUGGAGGCGACUUGUAUUUCCCCACUUUGCAAUAAUUAAUAAUUUCACGCUACUCGCCAAUAAUGUAUGUAAAAAUGUUGUUUUGAGCAUAUGUGAUUUGAUUAUGUGUGAAGUUUGACACAAGAGACAUGACAGACAAAAGUGAGUAAAUGUUUAGUGUCAGAAAGGACCAAUCAGAUUCAAGUAAUUCAGAGACAGAGAGUUGUGCAAUAUGUUAUUAAUAUGUGACAUAUAUGAGCUGCUAAAGUGAUUUAUGAUUGUAGCUACAGAUCAUAAAAGACCAAAUCAAAGUUUAAAUUGUAUUGAAUUAACAGUGGCUAUUAAAGCUAUAAUUGAGACUUUUAUCUGAAAAUAAGUACAUGAGCAUUCUGUUUUUUAUUUUUUAUUUGAAAAUGAAUUUGAUAAUGAAUGCAUAUCUGUGCCUUUCCUGUUGAUCCACUCAGAGCACUUUUGGUUUUGUAUGUAUUUAUUAUUUAGUAAGUGGUUUUAAUUUUUAUGGUUGGUUCUUAUUUUUCUGUCAAUAAACUUGGCCUUAUGAUGAAA